AGCCACGCCACGCGGAAUAAGGAGCUCUAUCAUUUACUGCGUCACGAACAAUAUAGCCUACCUGGAUAUAGGCCUGUCACGCGCAGCUGGAUAAAACCGAUUGAGAUCGAGAUCUCUUUCACAAGGGUGACCUGGCCAAGAGACUUUUCAGGCCCCAGUAAAGCAUGUCCUCUUCAUAUGCUGCUGCUAUAUCAGCCCUUCUUUCAGCCAGCUCUUCAGGUCCACCCAUCAAAUCCAGCCCUCAACCCUCCCCCAAAGCAACAGGGAGUCCUACAAGGCUCCCUCCGCCUGCCCAAUGCUCUCCAUCUGUGCAGAUUCAUCCUCAGUCACCUGAGCCGCUGGGAUCUUAUGACGAGCAGCAGGAGAACCCUGCAGAUUACGGCAUAGGCGGUUACUACAAUGUAGAGAUCGGAGAGAUUUUCGUUGACCGUUACCAGGUGGUUAAAAAGUUGGGAUGGGGCCACUUCUCUACUGUAUGGCUCUGCUGGGACAUGGUGAAGGGGCAUUUUGUGGCUCUGAAGGUGGUGAAGAGUGCUCAAACAUUCACAGAGACGGCACUGGAUGAGAUCAAACUUCUGAAAUGUGUAAGGGACAGUGACCCCAAAGAUACGAAGCGAGAGAGAAUCGUUCAUCUUAUUGAUGACUUUCGGAUCACUGGAGUAAAUGGAGAGCAUGUCUGCAUGGUUUUGGAGGUUCUUGGCCACCAGCUACUGAGGUGGAUCGUCAAAUCCAACUACUGUGGCCUCCCCCUGCCCUGUGUUAAGAGCAUCCUCAGACAGGUUCUGCAGGGUUUAGAUUACUUGCAUGCCAAAUGCAAGAUUAUUCACACAGACAUCAAACCAGAAAACAUCCUGUUAAGAGUGGACGAGGCUUAUGUUCAGAAACUCGCCGCCAAUACCAAGCUGUGGCAGCUGCCAGAAUCUCCUGCAUACACCAGCUCUGCAAUGAAUGGAAGCUCCAGAGAAAAACAGAGUUUAUCCAACCUGUUUGGAAAGCUGACUGGGGUUUUCCACAGUCUGGGGGAGUGGUCCAGUAAAAUAUCCAGCAGCCCUAUCAAGCGACUGACGAGGAAAGACAGGAGUCGACGAGGGCAGAAGAGUGCUGCUGACAGCCAUCAUAAAGACAAACUUCAAGUGUCGUUCUCUGAUGACUCUGCUCCCUCUACCACCCCAAACUCAAAGCGUCACUCUAAGCUCACGGCCCUCACUAACCUUGCAUUCAGGAGGCACACUCUGCUGUUUGAAGACGGACAGGACUGGGCUCCACACAGCCACCGAGACUCCAUCUGCUCGUGGCCUGACCUCAACACAGAUGGUCCUAUUACUGGUUCCAGAUCAGUGUUACUACAUCAGACUUCAGACCAAGAACUACCUAAACCUUCACCAUCCUCUCCUCGUGGGGGCACUGACUCUGGUGGACUUUUGGACCUGCUAAAGCCUCAAAAUGCCGAUAAAAUUCUCAUCAAGAUUGCUGACCUUGGCAAUGCCUGCUGGGUGCAUAAACACUUCACUGAGGACAUCCAGACGUGUCAGUAUCGCUCUGUGGAGGUUCUGAUCGGCGCUGAUUACAGCACACCGGCUGACAUCUGGAGCACGGCUUGCAUGGCUUUUGAGCUCGCCACAGGGGACUAUCUUUUUGACCCCCAAUCAGGAGCAACAUUUACUCGCGAGGAAGAUCACAUUGCACACAUCAUUGAGCUGUUAGGACCCCUCCCAUCUCAGUUUGCUCUGUCAGGGAGAAAUUCCAAAAAAUACUUCAACCGUAAAGGACAACUGCGACACAUCACCAAGCUGAAGCCGUGGAGCUUAUUUGAGAUUCUGCUGGAUAAGUACGAGUGGCCACGUGAGGAGGCCCUACAGUUCAGCUCGUUCCUCCUGACCAUGCUGGAGCUGCUGCCAGAGCAGAGAGCCACGGCUGCUCAGUGUCUCAGACACCCCUGGAUCACCUCCUAGAAACACCACUCCUGUGCUGUUCAAAGCCCGGUGGACUAGCUCUCUUCUGGAGCAGGCUCUGACACAUGACAAGUGAUGUGGGACUCGGACAGCUGUGGGAUAUGCAGGAGAAAAAGUGUCAGAUGCUGGCAUCAUGAGCCCAUCAUUUACCCUACAGAGAACUCUUUUUUUGUUCUUUUAGUAUUUUGAUAGUCAUCAUGUCUGAUUCUGGCACAGCAAUGUCAAAAAUAAGUUUAGUUUUAUUUGAAAACCACCUCAUCACAUGAUCACGGAGUUGUUGAAUACUAAUAAAUGGACCCAAGAUUGA